CAUAGCGCUGCACCUGCGCGCUCCCCAGGUAAAUGAGUGACACGCUGAGUUUCACCGCUUGCUUCCAAACAAAAGCGGUCCGGAAGUGACAAAGGAAAAACGGCACAGGCCUGAGAUGGACCGUUACAGGUAUUUCAUUUUUAAUCAGAAGAGUGUGGUGGUCCUCGGCAUCCUUCAGGUGGCGUGCGCGGGGCUUUGCGUGGUUUGCGGAUUUAUGGAUGCAGUUUUCCGCAAGAGCACUACACUAAGUGAAACUAGGGCUCCACUCUGGGCUGGGCUGAUUAUGGCUGCCCCCGGUGUACUUGCCCUCUUUGCAUCCCAGAAGAAAAACCCAGUUUUGGUAAAUGUCAUGAUCGCAUCAUCUAUGAUGUCACUUUUUGCGGUUGUGAUUGUCUUCGUUUAUGCUUGUGUCACACUCAGCUAUGGAGAAGAGGAUGAUGAGAUCUUCCAUGCCCAUCCUGUCCCUGAAGUGAGAUUCGUGCUCACCCGGAUGGUCAAGGGAGCAAACAGCACCCUUCUGGUGGCCUGCAUGGGGUCUUUGCUCUUUUCUUCUCUCAUUGCAUAUGUCGGCUGCCGCAGUCUGCCGCUUUGCGGCUGCUACGACUCAGCAAAUGGGAUGGAGUUUCUAGUUCCUCAGAAUGAUCCUUUUACUCCGACUGAACUUGUAUGCACUUGGCAAGCAGACGGAGAUGAGCGAAUCUUUAACUCCCCCAUGUCAUUCAUGGAUCGCUGUCCCGAGCAGGAACAGCAAGACCAAUCCACACUUCCACCGUAUAGCAGACUAGCUUAGUAAUUGAUAUGUAUGAUUGUUUUUAAAUGUGUGUGACUGGGGAAAAUAUGAAGUAAUGGUAAAUAUAGUUCAUUCAUUUUCCCCACAAAGUGAAAAAUGUCCAGAUUUCAUCAAGCCUGUUUGUUUCAAAUCAACUUAAAUUUGUUUCUUGAUGUUUAAGUUAUUAUCAGUGCCAUAUUUUAUAUCUUUUAGUGUGUGUGUGCUUUUUUUCUAAAGGCAUGUGCCUUAGCUUAAUACUUUUUACAUGAUAGACUGAUAUUUUUGCACACAUUAACCUGUUUGUAUAUAUUUCACAAUAAACAAUGUAUUAGA